AUGAGCAGCCUGCACAUACGACACCACUUUGCUGCCGUAGAACACCCACAAUCCAACGGUUUGGUUGAAUCAGCCAAUAAAAUGCUGGGGAAAGGAAUUAAAAAGAAGCUUGAAGCACACAAAGGGGCAUGGAUUGACAAUGUUGACAACGUCCUGUGGGGGUACAGGACAACCGCCCAGUCAUCCACAAAAGAAACUCUGUUUAGGCUGACUUACGGCGCUGAAGCCAUGAUCCCAGUAGAAAUCGGUGAACCCUCCUGGCGGCGAGAGCACGUAACCGAGAUCGACAACACACAGAAUUUGAAAGAAGCAUUAGACCUGCUAGACGAACUCAGAAGGUCUGCCGCCGAGUCUGAUCUCCAUUCUAAAGAAAAAUCAGCUACUUACUACAAUAAGAAG